UAUAAGGUUAUAACAUACUGAAUCGUCGUACUGAUUAGUUUGCGUCAAACUUGCCAAAGAAAUAACUUUUGAUUUUUGAAUGCCAUAAUCUAUCUGUAGAACAGCAACAAUUAAUUAUUGGUCCCAGACCACCCCCUUUGGCCCUUUCCCAAUAUUAUGUACCUUUCAACCAUAAGGUGUAUAAAUUCAGAUUUAUAUAGCCAAGGUAACCGACCACCUUGGUGGUAAGUGUGUCAUACAUCGAAUCUUAAGUGGUCCGCCGUGGCAAUGCGAGAAACGAAACCUAAUCACAAUCCGUCCCGAAGUAAAAAAGCAAAACACUACUAUAUACAACGAACUCUUUCGAGUUUUUACGUUUUAGUUUUUUCGGUUUUCGGUUCUUGUAAUUAGUCAUUACGCAGGAGCCAGUACGCAUUAUUUUUCCGAAGUUUUGGCCAUUCCUGGUUUUUAAUAAGAACUCCAGUAGUUGUUUUUUUAAAAGUUUAUAUCUGGCAUUUAUAGCGUUCGUUUUGCGCUUUUGAACGUUUGCUGCUUCCUCAAUCUUUGUGCGUUUGAGUCUGUGGAACUCAUAUUAUUAUGCGCUUUUGAGCUUUUGGGAAGUUGAAUGGCGUUUCCGUUAUCGGAUUUUUCUCCCCUUUGAAAUCUUAACCGGGCGUUACUUUUUUCUUGGAGUCUCUGUUGAUAUCGCCAGAAUGUCUGCGCUUCGGGCUCUUCACAUGUACGACGACGAUGAAACCGAAGGAAGCUCCUCAGCAGAACAAUCUUCUUCGUUUGCUGCACCUUCCAAAGUCUUGUCUCUUACAGUGGAAUCUGCUCCGAUCGUCAAAUACAAGAACGAAGGAAAAUCAUCUACUAUUGUCCGCUCGCAAACCAAGGAGCUGCAGUAUAACGCCAAAUUUGACGAUGUUUAUGCGCCUAAUAUUGGACCAGAAAAUCCAUUCUUGUCUGCGCAACAAAAAGCCCCUAAAAAUACAUUAACAGGCUUUGUUGAACCUGCUGUUGUCAGUGGUUUUCAGUUUGAAAUGCAGCGGCGGAGUUUCGCUCAGUUGGGUUAUGCGCUGGAUCCCAGUUUAAGCGACGGGACAAAAAUAAUCGGCAAUGUGGGAGAAGCUGAAAGGCGAAAAGGAGCCACGAUAAUCGAUGUGGAAAAAACUAAGUUAACACGAAAACGAGCCAGAAAUGACAAUGCCGAAGAUCUGGAUAAUUUCCAAGGGCCGUGGGCUGGUUUUGAAGACGAAACAACCACGUCUAAACCCUCUGCCGAAGACAUGGAAGAAAUUCAGGAAUUCCUCGCCAAGAAGAAACGUCGUCAGCGCACACACGAAGAGAAACCACUCGAGGAAACAUCGCAGCUACAUAUUAAGAAUGCUUACGACUAUAUGGGCCGUUCCUUCCUCCAUAUUCCGCAAGAUGUUGGUGUUAAUUUAAGAUCCGAGGAAGCUCCGGAUAAGUGCUACAUUCCGAAAAAUCUCCUUCACACAUGGGCGGGCCACAAUCGCGGUGUUGCUGCCAUCCGGUGGUUUCCGAAAUCGGGACACUUGUUGCUUUCUGCAGGAAUGGAUACGAAAGUUAAAUUAUGGCAAGUUUACGGUGACCGUGAAUGUGUCCGUUCCUACGUCGGACAUCGCCAAGCUGUGCGUGACGUAAAUUUCAACAAUACCGGGACACAGUUCCUCUCCUCGGCUUAUGACAGAUGGAUAAAAUUAUGGGAUACGGAAAAAGGCGAUUGCAUUGGGCGAUUUCAGUCUCCGGCGAAGAAAACAGCGUAUUGUGUAAAAUUUCAUCCCGACGAAGACAAACAACACUUGUUCGUGUGUGGAAUGCAGGACAAGAAAAUCUUAUGCUGGGACACUCGAUCUGGAGAAAUGGUGCAGGAAUAUGAUCGUCAUCUGGGAGCAGUUAACACCAUAACAUUCAUCGACGAUAACCGGAGGUUCAUUAGCACAUCCGACGACAAAAGUGUCCGGGUCUGGGAAUGGGAUAUCCCUGUGGACAUGAAGUAUAUUGCCGAUCCAGGAAUGCAUUCGAUGCCCGCUGUUACUCAGGCACCUAAUGGGAAGUGGUGUGCUAUGCAGGCCAUGGAUAAUAAAUUGAUGAUAUUUUCCUGCCUUAAUCGAUACAAAUUUAACCGCAAGAAAACUUUUGGAGGACAUAUGGUUGCCGGUUAUGCUUGCCAGCCUGACUUCUCACCGGAUAUGAGUUACAUAUUAUCGGGUGACGCUAAUGGAAAUAUUUGGAUCUGGGACUGGAAGACCACUAGAAUAUUAUCCAAAUGGAAGGGCCACGAAAAAUGCUGUAUAUCCGUACUCUGGCAUCCUCAUGAAACAUCCAAAAUAGUCAGUUGUGGAUGGGAUGGUGCCAUUAAAUUGUGGGACUGAGGUAUCUCUCUCCUGUAAUAUUAUAGAAGCAUUUCUCAGAUCGUUAGUUAUUCUUAUUUUCUUAUUACAACCUGUAAAAUUGUCUACUUCAGCUGCGCUUAUUGUUGUAUGCUGGUUUGAUGUAACUGCCCGUAGCGUGUGCAAAUUUAUGGUUGGCCACAACUGGCACUGUAUUGCAGACCACAGUUGUGCAGUUACUUUUGAAUGGUAACUGAUACUUGUUUCGGACAAAAAAGAAAACUGAUAAG